AUGCUAAACUUCUCUGCUCUCGUUCGCUAUAAUUCUCUUUAUCUACGUAUAUAUCGCGAGCGAAUUCUGUCAGCUGUCGCUAGCCUCGUUCAAUCGCCGACGGUUAUGGAUCUACCGCAUGAGGUGGUGUACCAUCACCACCUCCCUGUCGACACGACUGAGGAGGAUAUGCGAAUGAUGGAGGAUCAGGCCGAUGUCAGCAUGGAUGGUGCAUUGGCAGAACCACGUGCUGUCCAUCAGUGUAACAUCUGCAACAAAAUAUUCGUAUCCUUUAAAGGUUUACAACAACAUGCCGUGAUCCAUACGGAUCAAAAACCAUAUCAGUGCGAUAUCUGCGGGAAGUCGUUCCGAUUCAAAUCGAAUCUUUUCGAACAUCGUUCAGUGCACACGGGUUUCACGCCUCAUUCAUGCCCAUACUGUGGAAAAACGUGCAGAUUGAAAGGAAAUCUAAAAAAGCAUCUGAAGACGCAUGUCACUUCGAAGGAUGAAUUGGAAAGAGCGUGGAGACCUUUUGCUUGUAAUCGCCGUCCCGCCGCCGAUAUCCCCGAUGAUGCUAUUAUAGUCCGUGGCACCGGUGACCCAUUCUUCACUCCUCCAUCGCGGCCCAGAAAAAAGAAACUAGGCUUAGGACCUGAUCCAUCAGCUUGGAUCGAGAAGAUCAGGAGAGGCGAGAUUCUACCGGGAACUAGUCUUCAAACAAAGAUGAUGAGACUGGAAACACUCCUGAAGAACAAUGAGUUUUCGUUGGACGAAAUUUUUGAGCAAGCAAGGACCAUAGCCUUCGAAAAAUUCGAUUGCCCCAUGUGCAGGUCACAAUUCUUUUCGAGAGCUGAGUGUUACGAUCAUUUGGAAAUUGAGCAUCCUAUGGCACGAAUAGAAAGACCAUUAUUUUGUGAGAUAUGCUUGAAAGUGUUUGCUGAUCGCAAAUCCUUGGAGCAGCACGAGAGCUAUCACAAGCGAGUACAUUUGAUGAUCGACAACAACGAGAUUGAGUUCACAGAUCCCGAGAUCUUGUUACCGGAAUCUUGUGAUUUUGAUGAAGAAGAUUUACAAGGAGUCCCAGUGAUACAUUAGUUAAAAUAACGGGCAGUAGUUUUUGCUCUUUUCGUCGCUGCAUUACUAUGUAAUGAUUGCAUCAGGUAUUCAGCAAUUUAUUCGUUGCUAGUCACAACGUAACGAGUGAUUUGUGCACAUUUUUGCCAUAGUGUAUAAAGAAUAUACCGUUGUCAGUUGAAUUAAGGUUUGAUUGAUUGCUUUAUUGUUUUUCUUCGUUUGUUAUUUUUGAAGUGGAUUUGCAUAUAUGUCAAGAUUAUCAUAUGGUUGUUUUUCAUCCUUUGCUCGUUUAGUUCUCAAUUGGUCAUCAUGACGCUAACAUUGCAUUAUUUGUGUUGACUUUCCUUCAUUGCAGACUGUUUGCAAUGCGAACUGUUAUAUUUCGAUGAAGUAAGAGCGUUUUAAUAUUGGGU